CCCCAAACGCAUCACUACAAAGCAGUGAAACAUUACUUUGCAUAUUUAAAAUAUACAACAAAUUGUUGGCUUCAACUUGGAAGCACGAACACCUUAAAACUACAAGGCUAUUGUGAUGCAGACAGACGAAUGACAGAAGGACAUAAAGUAAUAAACAGCUAUGUCUUUCAAUUAGCUAAAUCAACCAUAUCUUGGUCAAGCAAAUGGCAAAACCUGGUACCACUAUCUGUUUAUGAAGCAGAGUUGCAAGCACUAGCAUAUGCUACUCAAGAAGCCAUUUGGCUCAAACGAUUUGCUGAAGAAGUACUGCAGACUGAAUCGGCACCCAUUACGAUUUAUUGUGAUAAUCAAGGUGCAAUAAAGACUGUAAAGUCUGACAAAAUAAUGUACAACACUCACACUAAACAUCUUGAUUUACAAAAAGACUUUGUGCAAUGUUACAUUCAAAACGAAUACAUCAAUGUAUGCUAUGUUCAAUCACAGAACCAAUUAGCAGACAUCCUUAUGAAGGCUCUCCACAUCCUGCAGAUCAAGCAUCUAAACAAACUAUUAGGCAUACAG